AUGAAAGAAUCUCUCAUUUGUGAUCGACUUUCCACUCCUUCAGAGAUUGUGGAAUUAGAGAUUGACAACCAAGAUGAUCCAUUGGAGAAGGUGGAGCCGACAAAAGAUGUCGUCGUGGAGGAUAUAAUUACUGAGCCGGAGGGAGAUCGCCAAGAUCCGUCGGAGGAGGGUUGUCAGGGUUUGUUUGCGCAAGAUGAUGAGCAGACACCAGAGGGAGAGACUGAAAAGACCCGACUGUGUUGCAACUUCAUUGGUUCUGAGAUUAUGCAGAUUCUCAAUCCUCAUAAUGUUCCAGAGAAUAUAGUAAGUGUUGUGUGUUUCCCUAUGAUGGUUUGGACCCAUGAUCUGAAGGAGAAGGUCUCGACAAUGACAGCAUCAAAAAGUUUGCAAUGGUCGGAAGCCUAUAUGGCUAUAGCGAAGCGUUCGGUAAUGCAUGGCGUCAAUGAUGCACAAGGGGAAAUGGAGCAGGAGAAGGCCGAGGCAGAAAGGAUCACUGAGAGAGGGUCUAAGCAGUUUGAUGAAGAUCUGGCGAUUGGCUUGGCCGAAGGCGCAGAGAUCGCUGAAACUGCAGAUAUGGUGGAGAUGAAGCGAGUUGCAUGCGAUCGUUUGGAGCUGACUUCUAACGAGGAUAGCGAGCCGGAUCUGGAUGCAAAGGCGGCUAUGAAGGAUCGUACCGAUGCCCCAAGUCAUGAGCAACCGAUCAUGCAAUUUGAUCCUAGAUCGGCUUGGUGUUGUCGGCUUCCUCCAGAGAUGUGA